AAAAAUAUCCAAAUCAAACGAUUUUGAUUUCUUAUCUCCAACCCUACAAUCAGCUUAAUUUAAUCCAAUUCAAUUCUACUUGUUAUUUCAUCUUAUUAUCUGCACAAUCAUUUACACCUUUUGCUGAUUUUCAUUCGUUUCAUAAUCUAGGGUUUCCGAUCAUCAAUUAGGUCAAAUUUUGUCAAAUGAACGGAGAAUUACAGCUACAAGAAGCUAGGGCUUUCGAAAACCCUAGCGAUUCCGAUCCUCUGCUUCCGAAUCGUCGUAACAAUGAUGAUGAAGUUGUUGAAUCACCAUCACCACCGCCUCGUGCUGCUGUUGCGAGUUCUAGUGAGAUAAAUGAUGAUGCAGAUGCAGAUGAAGAUGUUGAAGGUGGUUGUAUUGCUACUUGUCGUAUUUGUCUUGAAUGUGACGGAGAAGAAGAUGAUGAUCUGAUAUCUCCAUGUAUGUGCAAAGGCACCCAACAGUUUGUGCAUCGUUCAUGCCUUGAUCAUUGGCGGUCUGUCAAGGAAGGUCAUGCGUUUUCACAUUGCACAACUUGCAAAGCCCAGUUUCAUCUUCGAGUUGUUGAAUUAGAAGAAAAUUCAUGGCGCAAAAUAAAAUUCAGAUUAUUCGUUGCAAGAGAUGUUUGCCUUGUAUUUUUGGCUGUACAAACAGUGAUCGGGAUGAUGGGAGGUCUAGCAUAUCUUGCUGACAAAGAUGGGUCGUUUAGAGAUUCGUUUAACGAUAGUUGGGACCGUAUAUUGUCGAGGCACCCUAUACCGUUUUACUAUUGUAUAGGGGUGCUUGUGUUCUUUGUGUUGCUCGGGUUUUUCGGGAUCAUAUUACACUGUUCUUCCUUGAAUAACGAUCCACGUAUGGCUGGCUGCCAAAACUGUUGCUACGGUUGGGGAGUGUUGGACUGUUUUCCGGCAUCUAUGGAGGCAUGUUUUGCUCUGGUUAUCGUCUUUGUCGUCAUAUUUGCGAUUCUCGGUAUUGCGUACGGCUUUCUUGCCGCCACCAUGGCCAUUCAGAGAAUCUGGCAGAGACAUUACCACAUCCUUACCAAGAGAGAACUUACACAGGAGUAUGUAGUGGAGGAUCUUCAAGGGUGUUACACGCCACCAAAACUGGAUCCGGAGCAUGUGGAGCGCCUCAAGACGCUAAAACUUUUGUAACAAGAUAACUGACGCAUUUCAAACGAUUGUUUGUGAGUCGAGUCCUAAUACUAAAGACGAUGUGAUUAUCGGUUUGAUGUUUGUUGUAGAUACAUGAAGAAAGAAUGAAUACUGGAUUCACAUGGGCGACAACUUUCUUGUUUUUUAAUGUUUUGUACUCAUCACAUUAUUUCCAGUGCUUUGAUUUCUUUCUACAAAAACUUGUGCUUCUCUUUGAAGAAAAGAAUAUUAAUUCAACUUUUUCUUGUACUCAAUUCUUGCUUGUUUGUCCAUUUAUGGUAAUGAGGUUUGAUC